AUGGCAUUCAGGAGACAAGUGAAAAACUUUGUGAAAAAUUACUCAGAUGCGGAGAUAAAAGUCAGAGAAGCAACUUCUAAUGAUCCUUGGGGUCCUUCUAGCUCUCUGAUGCUAGAUAUCAGUGACCUGACUUUCAACACAAUUUCUCUCUCAGAGAUUAUGAGUAUGUUAUGGCAGAGACUCAACGACCAUGGGAAGAACUGGCGCCAUGUGUAUAAAUCCCUUACCCUAAUGGAUUACCUCAUCAAGAAUGGAUCAAAGAAAGUUAUCCAGCAUUGCAGAGAGGGGUUCCGUAACCUUCAAACACUACAAGAUUUUCAACACAUAGAUGAAGCUGGAAAAGAUCAAGGUUAUUAUAUCCGGGAAAAGUCUAAGCAAGUCAUAACGUUGCUAACAGAUGAACAGCUGCUGCACAGAGAGAGGGAAGUCGCGUGUCGGACUAGACGACGUACCUCCUACUCCAUGACAUUUCCUAAAAGCUUACCUGGUACUGGUAACUCACCAACAGCAUGUUCUUCUGCCCCCGCACCAGAAACUCCUGCUUCAGAGAAGAAGCGUAAGCUUCUUAAGGUUGCAAGGCUACGUAAUAAAAAAAACACUUCCAAGUCAGGAUUGAAACAAGAGCAGUGUCAAGACAUUCAGUUGCCUAGUGGAACUGUGCUGUCCCAGGAAACUCUACCUCUCAAGAUUAACGCUUGGAAAUCAACAGAGGACCUGAUCUUAUUUUAUGAGGAUGAUCCAAAGCCUGUUUUGCCGACAAUUCCUACUUCCAUUAUCUCAUCAGCUACAUGGUUGUCAGAAGGGCAAACAGAUGUCUCUAACCUCUGGGAUGCAGAUACUAUGCCUGUUCCCCCGGAAAAAAGCCCAUCUCUGCAGACAAAUGUGAGUUUGGACAAGAAAGCAGACAGUACCAUUACAAGUACUGUAAUAGAAAACCCUUUGCAGACAUCUCUAGAAAAGCAGCCAGCUGCAAAAAGUUUUGAAACGUUGACAACUUUACCAGCAUUUUGUCCAUCUAGUAAAGAAGAGUUCAUCAACCCUAAUUUAAGGAUAUCAAAGUCGGAUUCUACUUUCUAUAACCAGGCCUCUGUGGAGACACUCUACGUCUCUCCCUCAUUCAAAACAUUUGACCCAGUGAAAGAGACUAUAAUCAGUAAGGACCAUCAGAAACCAGCACAGUCUGGCCUGGUUCAGAUGGAGGAUGAAAACCUCAAGACCUUAACUACAUGGGUUUCAGCUGCCUCUGAGGGAACAGCCUCCUUUUCUACUUUAUCCGUGUCAUCUCCCGACUCAGCCUCUCCAGAGAAGUCUGUUCCUCUCUUACCCUCAAUUUUGGCCGGACCUUCCUUCUGGACUUUGUCCCAUCAACAAUCUUCUGCCUCUGUUAAAGAUGAAGAUAAGACAGACAUGGUUCAUCACCCUUUUGCUCCUAGGGGCCCACUGUCCUCUGACGAAGAGGAGAAUGACAACCUCAACCUGCUGGAAAUUCUUCCAGACAACUCUGGUUCUGCCACAGAGAAGACAGCUCCUAUCUCUAGCAGUAAUUGGGUAGCGUUUUCCACCCAAAAUGUAGACCAUUUCACCUCUAUGUCCUGUUCUAGUUUUCAGGCAACCAAAGACCUGCCUAGAGAGCCUGAAGCAAACAAUUCCACUAACGUCCUUCUAGGGGAGGUAAAAAAUGCAAUAGUCAAAUUACACGAAGAUCUGAGCAUGGUGAUACGAGAACUUAAUGUCAUCAACAGCCAUCUGGUAAGCUUGAGUGGGAAUAGUCCACAAAUAAGCAAGUCUUUGCAGCUUCCCCGGUGUUCUGAGGGGGGCUCAGAUCGAGUCUAA